AUGGCGAGGUUUGCGGCACCCUUAGCAGCCUGCAGGUCAUUCGGAACUUUGAUUGGUAAGCAGGCCCCUGCAUUCGCAGCCCAAGCCUGUAUGCCCGAUAACACUUUGAGGACGGUGAACAGCUCGGAUUACAAGGGGAAGUAUGUUGUGCUGUACUUCUAUCCUGGCGAUUUCACUUUCGUUUGUGCGACGGAGGCUAUAGAGUUUCAUAACAAACUGGAAGAGUUCAAGAAGAGAGGGGCUGAGGUCCUUGGAUGCUCAGUAGAUUCCCCACAUGUCCACAAGGCUUGGAAGAACACUGCCAAAGCGGCAGGGGGCCUCGGCACUCAAAUCAAUCACCCUAUGAUUAGUGACAACAAGCAUGAGAUUUCUAAGGCGUAUCAAGUUCUGCUGGAGGAUGCUGGUGUAGCUUGUCGAGGCGUUAUCAUCAUCGAUAAGGAGGGGAAGGUUCGUUCGGAGCUGAAGAAUGAUCUCCCUCUAGGCAGAAAUGUGGACGAGGUUCUUAGAAUACUCGAUGCAUUGGAGUUCACCGAAGAGCACGGCGAUGAAGUGUGCCCUGUUGCCUGGCGUCGUGGUCAAGAAGCUAUGAAGGCCACUACUGAGGGUGUGGCUGAGUACCUCACUAAGCAUACUUAA